AUGACCGAACCGAGACGGCAUGACAAUGAUAACACACUGUUUGAUGUCGACUUUUUAGACGAUGAUUAUACGCCAGAUCUAUCUGGAAAUCCAGGAAGAAGUAAUUCCGCUGCAGUAAUAGACUCUGAUAUGGAUGGACAUGCCAACUUUCAACUGGGCUCAAUACCUCAAGAGACAAUCGACCUUAAUGACAGUGACAGAAUAGAGAAUGAUAUAGACAAUCCUUUCAACGAUCGUUACUCAUCAACUUUUUUGUCUUCUAAUCCAAGAGGGAGCGUUUUACCUCAACCAAGCGGAUUUAGCAGGUUUAUGAAUAGCGUAAAAGGCUCAAUUGGCAUGAAUAAUGCUAACAAAGGUGGAUUCCAAAGCUUCGAAAUGGAUGAUUACCAUGAAACUAAUAAUAACAGAUAUGAAGAAUCAAAGAGUAAAUUCGAUAUCAAGGUUUUGUUCAAUAAAUAUAUUCUCAGAAAGCGUGUUUCAUCAUUAAAACCCGACGAACCUAGGACUAUAAUAUUAAACGAUAGGGUAACAAACAGUAAUUAUGGAUAUGGUGACAAUCAUAUCUCAACGACGAAAUACAAUGCUGCCACGUUCUUACCAAAAUUUCUAUUCCAAGAGUUUUCCAAGUACGCGAAUCUGUUUUUUCUAUUCACCUCAAUUAUUCAGCAGGUGCCUAACGUCACACCAACGAAUAGAUACACAACAAUAGGUACUCUAUUGGUUGUUUUAGUUGUUUCUGCUGUCAAAGAAAGUGUCGAAGAUCUCAAAAGAUCGAAUGCGGAUAAAGAGCUAAAUCACUCGUUAUGCGAUGUGCUUGAUGAAACCACUGGGAAAUUUGUCAGGACAAAAUGGAUUAACAUUGCUGUUGGUGAUAUUAUCCGAGUUAAAUCGGAGGAAGCGAUUCCAGCAGAUCUGAUUCUACUUUCUUCAUCGGAACCGGAGGGAUUGUGUUACAUUGAAACUGCCAAUCUUGACGGUGAAACUAACUUAAAGAUUAAGCAAGCAAGACAGGAAACAGCUGGUAUCUUAGAUGAAAACGCGCUGUCACAUCUGCAUGGGAAGAUACUUUCAGAACACCCAAACUCUAGUCUCUACACAUAUGAAGGUACAAUGACUCUAAACGGCUCUACAUUUCCAUUAUCGCCAGAACAAAUGAUAUUGAGAGGUGCAACCCUAAGGAAUACAGCAUGGAUUUUUGGUUUAGUCGUUUUUACCGGCCACGAAACUAAAUUGAUGAGAAACGCAACUGCUACUCCAAUUAAACGUACAGCAGUAGAAAGGGUUAUUAACAUGCAGAGUCUUGCAUUGUUUGGUGUUUUAGUUGUGUUAUCCUUUGUGUCUUCUUUAGGAAACGUUAUUAUGAUGACAAAGGAUUCCAAUCACCUCGGAUAUCUAUAUAUUGAAGGUACUAAUAAAAUUGGAUUGUUUUUCAAGGAUAUAUUGACAUUCUGGAUUUUAUUUUCCAAUCUUGUCCCAAUCUCAUUAUUUGUCACCGUUGAAAUGAUCAAAUACUACCAAGCUUACAUGAUAGGAUCUGACUUAGAUUUGUAUCAUGAAGAAUCUGAUACACCGACUGUUGUUAGAACAUCAUCUUUGGUGGAGGAAUUGGGCCAAAUUGAAUAUAUAUUCAGCGAUAAAACUGGUACAUUAACCCGGAAUGUUAUGGAAUUCAAGUCCGUUUCGAUAGCUGGUAGUUGUUAUAUCGAGACAAUACCAGAAGAUAGGCGCGCCACCGUCGAAGAUGGAAUUGAAGUUGGAUUCCGUACAUUUGAAAGUCUUAAAGAAAAAAUGUCAAGCUUCGAUGAUGACGAGGCAGGCAUUGCGAUAGAGUUCAUGACCUUGCUAGCUACAUGUCACACCGUUAUCCCUGAAACCCAAAGUGAUGGAACAAUCAAAUAUCAAGCUGCAUCUCCCGAUGAGGGUGCUUUGGUACAAGGAGCUGCGGAUUUGGGUUACAAAUUCAUUAUCCGUAGACCUAACUCAGUCACAAUUUCAACUCCUUCCGGUGAAGAGCUUCAGUAUCAGUUGUUGAAUAUUUGUGAAUUCAAUUCCACAAGGAAAAGAAUGAGUGCUAUAUUCAGAAUGCCCGAUGGUUCAAUAAAGUUAUUUUGCAAAGGUGCUGAUACUGUGAUAUUGGAAAGACUAGAUAAUGAUUAUAAUCCGUACGUUCAGGCGACUCUAAGACAUUUGGAAGAUUAUGCGGCAGAAGGUUUAAGAACAUUAUGUAUUGCUAGCAGAACCAUCCCUGAAGACGAGUAUGCAGAAUGGAGCAAAAUAUAUGAGGCUGCUUCUACAACUUUGCAUGAUAGAUCCGCCGAACUCGACAAAGCAGCUGAACUUAUUGAACAUGAUUUAUUCUUCUUGGGUGCUACUGCAAUCGAAGAUAAACUACAAGAAGGGGUGCCUGAAACAAUCCACCAUCUACAAGAAGCUGGUUUAAAAAUAUGGGUUUUGACUGGUGAUAGACAAGAGACAGCUAUUAAUAUAGGUAUGAGUUGUCGUCUAUUGAGUGAAGAUAUGAACCUCCUAAUUGUAAAUGAAGAAACAAAGGAGGAGACUCGUGCAAAUUUGAUAAGCAAACUAAAUGCUAUAGAAUCUCAUCAAAUUUCUCAACAGGAUAUGAAUUCCUUAGCUUUAGUAAUUGAUGGUAAGUCUUUAGGUUUUGCAUUGGAAGCUGAUCUUGAAGAUUAUCUUUUAACUAUUGGUACUCUUUGUAAGGCCGUUAUCUGUUGUAGAGUUUCCCCAUUGCAAAAAGCUCUUGUCGUUAAAAUGGUUAAAAGGAAAACUUCAUCCUUAUUAUUAGCAAUUGGUGAUGGUGCAAAUGAUGUCAGCAUGAUCCAAGCUGCUCAUGUUGGUGUUGGUAUUAGUGGUAUGGAAGGUAUGCAAGCUGCAAGAUCAGCGGAUUUUGCUAUAGGACAGUUCAGAUUCUUGAAAAAGCUAUUAGUUGUUCAUGGAUCGUGGUCAUAUCAAAGAAUUUCGUUGGCUAUUUUGUACUCAUUCUACAAAAAUAUGGCCCUCUACAUGACUCAAUUUUGGUUCGUAUUUGCAAAUGCCUUUUCUGGACAAUCGAUCAUGGAGUCAUGGACAUUGACUUUCUAUAACGUUUUCUUCACCGUUAUGCCACCAUUUGUUAUAGGUAUUUUCGACCAAUUUGUUACCAGCAGACUCUUAGAACGCUACCCACAAUUGUAUAAACUAGGACAGAAAGGCCAAUUUUUCUCCGUUACAAUUUUUUGGGGCUGGGUUCUAAAUGGAUUCUAUCAUUCAGUUGUAAUAUUCAUCGGCUCAAUUCUCUUCUAUCGCUAUGGUAACUGUUUGAAUAUGCAUGGUGAAACAGCCGACCAUUGGACUUGGGGUGUUGCUAUAUACACCACAAGUAUCAUUAUAGUUUUGGGUAAAGCUGCAUUAAUCACAAGCCAAUGGACAAAGUUCACACUAGUUGCAAUUCCUGGAUCUUUGGUGUUCUGGUUGGUAUUCUUCCCUAUAUACAGUGCUAUAUUCCCAAGAGUCAAUGUUUCUCCCGAAUAUUAUGGUAUUACUGGACACGUUUACGGUUCCGCAACUUUUUGGCUAAUGUGUAUUGUUCUACCCGUUUUCGCUCUUUUCAGAGAUUUCAUUUGGAAGUAUUAUAAAAGAACAUACUCUCCUGAAGCCUAUCAUGUUGUCCAAGAAAUGCAAAAGUAUAAUAUCAGCGAUUACAGACCUAGGAUGGAGCAAUUCCAAAAAGCUAUCAGAAAGGUCAGACAGGUUCAAAGAAUGAAAAAGCAAAGAGGUUUUGCAUUCUCUCAAAGUGAAGAAGGAGGUCAGGACAAGAUAAUGAGAAUGUAUGAUACUACGUUAAAGAGAGGUGCACAUGGAGAGUUAGUAGAUGCACAAAAAAACCCUUUCAGUGACACACCAAUAGAUAACCAUCAAGAACAAAACUUUGAUGUGGCCGAAUCUUUAGACCCAACUAACCCUUUUAAGGAUCCUCUAAUUUGA